AUAGUAUUUGUUCGUACUGAUUUUUUCAGGGCCUUUCUUUACCUGACAAAAUAGUUGUACUUUUAGCAUUGAAUUCAGAAUUCUCAAAUCGUUCUUUGGUUCUUCUUGUUGGGCUCAAACCCCUCGCCUUGAAUCACUCUUUAACUCAUCCAAAAUCCUCGGUUUGAAUUCCGAGCUUAUGUGAGUUCAAACCCCAUGAAUUUGACUUGCAAUUCUGGGUUUGAAGUUGCAUUUCUCUCCCUUAAUCUUUCUCAGAAGAUUUACAAAUUCAGGUUCAAAUUCAAGCUUUGAACCAAGUACAAGUUCUGGGUUUUGCAUCUCUUUGCAUAAAGUUUUCAUUUUUUUGGAUUCAAAUUCGGAGGUAUAGGGUUUUGGGGUUGAGAUGGGUGCUAAUAUGUCUGUCGGCGUGUCGGACACGGAUCCUCCCUUGAAGCCCAGGUUGGAGGAUAUACCGGAGAGCUGCGUUGCGCUGGUUCUGAUGUACUUGGACCCUCCUGACAUUUGCAGAUUGGCCCGAUUGAACCGGACUUUCCGGGGUGCUUCUUCAGCGGAUUUUAUAUGGGAAUCAAAAUUGCCGCCCAAUUAUCUGCAUAUUAUGGAGAGAUUUUUUGAUGAGGAUGCUUUGGUGAAAUUUGGGAAGAAGGAUAUCUAUGCCAGGCUUUGCAGGCCUAUUUCCUUUGAUAACGGCACAAAGGAACUUUGGCUGGAAAAAAGUACGGGGGACGUUUGUGUGGCGAUUUCGUCGAAGGCUCUAAGGAUAACCGGGAUAGAUGAUCGGAGAUACUGGAAACACAUUUCGACUGAGGAAUCUAGGUUCCAGACGGUCGCUUAUCUCCAACAAAUCUGGUGGUUGGAAGUAGAUGGUGAGUUUGAGUUCCAAUUCCCUCCCGGAACAUAUAGUCUAUUUUUCAGACUCCAGCUUGGGAAGUCCUCCAAGAGAAUGGGACGCCGGGUUUGUGAUUCUGAGCACAUCCAUGGCUGGGACAUAAAACCUGUAAGGUUCCAGCUAACAACUUCUGAUGGUCAACAUGCCGCGUCCCAGUGCCAUUUGGACAAUCACGGGAACUGGGUGUACUACCAUGCUGGAGACUUUGUUGUUCGGAACACCAAUGCAUUGAUGAAGAUCAAUUUUUCAUUAACUCAGAUCGAUUGCACUCACACCAAAGGUGGUCUUUGCGUAGACUCUGCGUUUAUAUACCCAAAAAGUGUGGGGGAAGAGGCUAGAUUGUUUUUGUAGGCAGGGAGAGCUGUAAAAAUAUUGAGGUGUUCCGCCAAACAGAUGCUUGUUAGCCCCAAAAGGAAGGACUUUCAAGUAGCGGUUGCUUUGUGAGGGACCCGUAAUGAUCUUUCAGUGUAUAAUUGUGCUUAUUUACUUCUCUAUGAUGUUGGCUUUUUGCAGUUGCUUUUGGCCAAUAAUAAGAUGCUUGAUUCAUUUGAAGUUCAGCAUUUACUGAUAAUGUUUCAUAUAUGUAAUAGAUUUCCCUUGCUGAUUCUUGUUCCCUAGUCUCCGAGUGGGUCCUCCUUUAAACAGAAACAAAAAAUUCCUCCUGCAUUUGGUACCAUGAACAUUCAUUUCCUGCUUUAGAUGCAGAAAGCAGGAGGUACGAGGUAGGGACAAUUUUCUGUGGGACAAUUGAAUGAAGUCGAAUGGAAUUGAUUUGCCGGCGUUGGGUCAAUACGAAUGAUUCGUGUUUCUUGGGCAAGUGUGCCUCCCAGGUCGUCGAGUUUGAAAGUUGUACAUGGGAUAUGAAGAAUGAGUCAAAGCAUGCUGUGCUCAGUACCGGUCCAUAACUAGGAGUUGUAUGGAAUACUUAUAGCGGCUAGUAGUUUUGGACUUGUUCUUUUGUUUCUGCUUUAUUUUUGUUUUUACUUUUGGGAGGAUGUUUUAGGGGUACGUUAUCUCUAUCUGUAGUGAUUGCAUCACCCUUGCUCUGUCUGUAGUUUGUUUUUCAGUUGCAGAUCAAUAGUCUUAUCUACGUUAAAAAUUCAGUGAAUUCUGAAA